ACGAUACAGUCUCAGCUGCAGCAGAGAGAACCCAGAAACAGGUGAGAACUACAGACCUUCUGGAUCUAAAUGAAGCUAAACUGCAUCAGCUGAAGGAUUUAAACUGUCUCAGUUCUUGAGUUUAAUGGGGUUUGUGUGUAAAGAAUGUGUGUAAAGUGUUGUGGAUGAGGAAGUGUUGAAUAAACUCUUUCUUCCUCAGCAAUAGUAAUAAAGUCAGAGCAGUCUGUGAAUGUUUUACCAGCCAACACCCUCUUCAGCCUUAUAGUGCUCACAUGAUGGUGUGAAAGCUCUGUAGAACAACAGUGAACUUCACUACUGGGUCACUCCACACUGACUCACCUACAGCAGUUCCAGACAUGUCCUGGAUUUACAUGAAACUGUUCAAGCAGAAAAGGGAGCUGGAGGAGUUGCAGAGAGACGUCCAGCAGAGGAUCCAGGAGAAACAGAAGAAGCUGCAGGAGCUGGAACAGGCUGUGAACAGUCUUAAGCGCUGUGCUCAGACAGCAGUGGAGGACACUGAGAGGAUCUGGACUGAACUGAUCUGCUCCAUUGAGAAAAAGCGCUCUGAGCUAACAGAGCUGAUCAGAGCUCAGGAGGAGGCUGAACUGAGUGCAGCUGAAGAACUCCUGGAGAAACUGGAGCAGGAGAUCGCUGAUCUAAAGAGAAGAAACACUGAGCUGGAGCAGCUUUCACUCACAGAGGAUCACAUCCAUUUCCUCCAGAGUUUUCAGUCUCUGAGCGUCUCUUCUGGAUCUGAGGACUCCUCCAGCAUCUCUGUCCAUCACCAUCUCUCAUUUGAUGGAGUGAGGAGCGCUCUCUCUGAUCUGAAGGAGAGACUAGAGGAGUUCUGCAGAGAGGAGUUCAGGAAAAUCCCUCCACAGGCUGCAGCAGAUCCUUUAUCACUCUCAGAACCAAAGAGCAGAGAAGAUUUUCUACAGUAUUUCUGUCAGCUGACUCUGAAUCCUAACACAGCACAUCAUCAACUCAUCCUGUCUGAGAGCAACAGAGUGGUGAAGUGGAGUCAUGUAGUCCAGAGUUACUCUGAUCAUCCAGAGAGAUUUGACUGCAGGUCUCAGGUGCUGAGUGUGGAGAGUCUGAGUGGACGCUGUUACUGGGAGGUUAAGCAGAACGGACCUGUGAAAAUAUCAGUCUCAUAUAAAAAGAUCAGUAGGAAAGGACGGGGUGAUGAGUGUUUGUUUGGACAUAAUGAUCAGUCCUGGAGUCUGUGCUUUUCUUCUUCUCUGUUUUCUCUCUCUUUCUGGCACAACAAAAGUAAAACUAAGCUCCCAGCAGCUUUAUCCUCCACAAUAGGAGUUUAUGUGGAUCACAGUGCAGGAAUUCUGUCCUUCUACAGCGUCUCUGACACAAUGACCCUCCUACAUACAGUCCACUCCACAUUCACUCAGCCUCUCUACGCUGGGUUCUGGGUUUCUGGAGGGUCAUCUGUGAAGUUGUGUGAUAAAAAUGAUGGUGUUGAUUGUGGCUGAUGGUCUGUGAAUCCUGUUUGUGCUCUCAUCAUCCCUUUUUCCUCAUCUAAUUAUAUCUGAUCAGAGUCUAUUAAUAGUGAUUAUCCUCUAAUAAUCUCAGGCUUAUUACAUUCUAAAGCUUAUUAUUCAUUAACUACAUGAACUACAGUGAUAACUGACUGAGUUAUUCUUAGGUUAUAGAAGUGUGUAAUAAAGGUUCGGACCUGCUGGUCACCUACAAUCCACACAUGGAUGAUGGACUUUUUCACACUUUUCUAAUGAACAAGAAACCAGUGAAACUACU